AACAAAAAAAGAAAUUAAAUCUAUUUAGAAAUAUAGAUAUUUCCCCCAAAAAGCCCAUAAGUUUUAGCGGUGGUAGAAAAUUAAAGAUUAAAAAUUAAAUCAAAGAAAAGAAGAAAAAAACAGAGAGCGAACAGAAAAACAGAGAAAAAAAGAAAACAGUAUUUGUACAUGCGUACUGUUGGUUACAUGCUUCUGUAUUUGUACAAACAUAUAUAUCAUAUAUAUUGUACAUGACGACGACUUAGUGGUUGACAGAGCGAGUAUAAGUGAGUGAGUGCGUGUAUGCUUGCUUGUAAGGAAAAAAGGAAAAGUGUGUGAGUGUCAGUGUCGCUGCUUGUAGACAAUAGUAAUUAAAUUCCUUUUGGGAAGUUAAAAGAAUUCCUUUACUUUGAGUGCGUGUAUGCGUGCGUUCGUUUAUGCGUUGUCCCUCCUCAUAAUAAUUUGCAUUCUCUUAUUUUCUUUUUUGAGCGUAUAUUAUAAGAAAGUGGGAAGAGGAGAAAAUAAUAACAAACAAAACGAAAACACACAAAAUCCAAAAUCCAUACAAUAUGAAGUGUCUGAUGUGUUUGAUGGUCAGUAUUGGUCUAAUGCUGCUGAUGUCAUCGUCUCUUAGUGUUGAGGCCAAGAAACCUAAAAAGUAUAUUGGCGAAAAUGGCGGUGAUUUUGAAUUUAUCGAUGAGGUUAAUAAAAAUGCACAACUGUUACCAAAGAAUAGCGCAAUUAAUAACGGCGAACGAAAACGUUGGAUACACGAUCCCACCAGUGAUCUGUGCCGCCCUUUAAAUUGCAAGAAACGUGAAAUAUGUUUAUUGGAGAAUGAAUACAGUGCUGUUUGUGUCUCGAAAAAAGAACUUCAUAAAAAUCGGGAUGUGAUCAUAACUAAAUCUAAGUAUAUAGAAGAGCAAGCCAAACAUCGGGCCAAUCAACAUAUAAAUAAAAAUAAUAAUAUGAAUAAUGAAGAUGAGGAUGAUGAUGAGGAUGAUGAAGAAGAAGAUGAUGAGAAUAACAACAGCAAUGUGGACGAUAUUGAGGAUACCAUUAGCGAUGAUAAGAAUCUGGAUAAUAACAAUAAUGAUGAAAUUGAAUCCAAGGAAGAUGAUGUGUUUUACGAAAGUAAUCCAGAUAUGGACAACAAGAACACUGACAAUAAUAACAACAAUCACAAUAACGAUGAUGAUGAAGAAGAAGACAAUUGCAAGCCAUGUCCUGUCGCGAAACCGACAUUUUUAUGUGGCAACGAUAACCGAACUUAUUCAUCGUUAUGCAGAUUAGAUUACCACAAUUGCAUUCAUUCAACAUCUAUACGGAUCGCAUGCAAAGGUUUCUGCCCAUGUAAAGAUAACAUAAAUGAAAAGCGCUUGCAGCGUCUUAACGAUAGACAGAAUGUAUUUAACGCCAAGUAUAAGAAAACCAUUGAACAACAAGAAAAGCAACAACAACAAUAUAAAGAGAAUAGCAACAACAAUAUUAUUAGCAGCAGCAAUAAUAAUGAAUUUAAUACAAUAAUGGAUGAUAAGGAUGACAACAAUCGUCAUUAUAAUCAUAUCAAUUCACAAUUCACUUUCACGCCGGAGGAAAUCAAAUACGAUAAUAAACAUUAUAAAUAUCUCAAGUACACCGCUUAUAAGAAGGACAAUCAACAAUAUCAAGAGGAUAAACACAAAAUACGUGGCUACAAUGAGGUGGUCGAGAAACCACAAAAAUAUCAAAAAAACAACAACAUUAACAAUGGUUAUCCAUCUAAAUCACCUGAAUGCAAACCGCAACAAUUGACCGCCAUUGGGAAUCGUUUGUUGGAUUGGUUUUCGGUUAUAAUGGCUGACAGUAAAAAACGUCGCCAGCAUAGUCAAAAGUCAAAAGCACAUUUUCCACCAGCCUGCAAAACUGAAGCGAAAUGGAUGUUUGGCCAUUUGGAUUUGAAUAAUGAUGGAUAUUUAUCACUGCAGGAAAUGUAUGACUUGGAACAUGAUCAAAAUGAACGUUGCAUUAAACCGUUCAUUGAUACAUGCGAUUUGGAUCAGGAUAAUUCAAUUAACACGCGCGAAUGGUGCCGUUGUUUUGAAAAAACUGAUCGUCCUUGUGCCGCGGUUCGACGAAGAAUCGCUGGCGAUUUUGCAGGUGAGAUAGGAGCUUAUGCGCCCGAUUGCGAUGUGCAAGGCUUCUACAAGCCCACCCAAUGUCAUAAUUCGGUCGGUGUAUGCUGGUGUGUAGAUAAGCAUGGCGUUGAAUUUGCAAAUACACGUACUCGCGGUAAACCCAAUUGCGAGUCAGUAGUGAAUAAUGCCUCAUCGCUGACAUCCGAUGACGAAGAUGAAGAAAACGAUGAUGAUGAUGAUGACAGUGCGGAAGGUAGCGGCGAUCAAAUAAUGGUGUUUUAAAAAGUACAUAAAAAAAAAUAAAGCAUAACAUUCAUAAUACCUAUAUACAUACCUACAUGUUUAUAUAAUAUGUUCAUAAAGCAAAAAAAAAAACAAAAAACAAAAAA